UCUAGAUUAGAGAUGGUUUGGAACAUAACAUUUUAUCAAAAUCAAAUCAAAUCAGUGACGUGAAUGGAAGUUGUUAGAAUGGUAGUACGUUCAUAGAUAUUUACUUGUUAAAAAUGUGAUGUUUGGUAGUUUGAUGAUUUAUAAUAACUGGAAAUGAGUAACACAAGAGAUGGCCGCGGAAGAGGUAAUCCUUGGUCAAGAGGUCGAGGGAACAACUCGUCAAGGAACCCAAGUCAAGGCGAUGGCCCCAAUACAAAGAAAUCUAAACCAGGACAUGAUGCACAAAAACAGAAUCAAAAUUUAUCUGGUUCAGCCAGUGAAGAUAAAUUUACUAAAGCAAAGUUACAGAUGAAAGAAGCAGCUGCAAAGCACAAACUAACUGGUUAUGAAUCAUCUUCAGAAGAAGAAGAACUUGAAAGCGAAAAUAUUUUGGGUUCAGUAUUGAAGUCAUAUGCAUCACUGGGAGGAACCAAUGAGGAUCUUGGACGUACACAAAACUUUCUCGAAGAUGCAUUCCAGUCUGGAGCUGCUAUUUGCUUGGUCUGCAUUGCAACAGUGAAGAGGAAUGAUCAUAUAUGGAGUUGUGGAAACUGUUGGGGAUUCUUCCAUCUGCUCUGUGUACAGAGAUGGGCCAAAGACAGCAUAGCUCAUCAGAAAGCUGCCCUGGAUGAUAGACCAGCUGGCCAGUCUACUGCAAACAUUUCUUGGGCAUGCCCCAAAUGCCGUAAAGCCUAUUCACCAAAUGAAAUUCCUCAUCGUUACUUCUGCUUCUGUGGUCGUACUGAAGAUCCCACAUUCCACCCGUGGUUGGUGCCUCACUCUUGUGGUGAAACUUGCAACAAACCUCUACAGCCAGCUUGUGGUCAUUACUGUCUUCUUCUUUGUCAUCCAGGGCCAUGUCCACCGUGCCCAAAAACAGUAAAGAGCACAUGCCACUGUGGCAAGAGUGCGCCAAGACCACAGCGAUGCAGCAAUAAGCAUUGGUCGUGUGCCCAAGCUUGUGGACAGCUGCUAGGCUGUGGCAGGCACCCUUGUGAGCAGCAUUGCCACACCGGUCCCUGCCCCGAGUGUCCUAGACGCUCUACUCAAGCUUGCAUGUGUGGCCGAGAACAGCAGCUACGAGAGUGUGCCAGUCCUAGCUGGCAGUGUCAACAGGUGUGCGGCAAGCGCCUUUCAUGUGGCCACCACAAGUGUGAACUGGUGUGUCACAAGGGUCCCUGUGGGGACUGUCCUCGCAGUCUGCCCCGGCCAUGUCCGUGUGGCAAGUCUCAGCAGAUCCUGCCCUGCACACAGGACGUGCCGACGUGUGGAGACACAUGCGGCCGAACCCUGGAUUGUGGCAUACACCAAUGCUCACAGCGCUGUCACAAGGACAAGUGUGGUGUUUGUCUUGAACGUGCUGAGAAGAGAUGCCGUUGUGGAUUGCAUACCAAAGAAGUUCCCUGUCAGAAGGAAUAUUUGUGUGAAACUAAAUGUAAACAGAUAAAGGACUGUAACCGACACCCAUGCAAUCGGAAGUGCUGUGAUGGCAACUGUGGAGCGUGUGAGAAGCCGUGUGGUCGCACGCUGGGAUGUGGCCACCACAAGUGUGCGUCUGUGUGUCACCGAGGCCCCUGCUACCCUUGCCCCCUCACAGUGCAGGUCAAGUGUCGCUGUGGAGCCACUGCCAUCACAGUGCCCUGUGGUCGCAACAAGAAAACUCGCCCUCCUCGAUGCUUCAAACCUUGCAGAAUACCGCCAGACUGCCACCACACCCAGAGAGACCCCCAUCGUUGUCACUUCGGCUCGUGCCCGCCAUGUCGCCAGAUCUGUGACUUACCACAUGACAACUGUCCGCACUCCUGCCCCAAGACCUGUCAUUCAGCAGUUCUCGUCAAUGUGCUGGAUAAUUUCAAGCCUGCUGGGCCUUGGGAGAAAGUUGCCCCCCAGCUGGAGCUGCGGGCUCUGCCCUGUGGAGAUUGCUGGGACUCUGUCUCUGUGUCCUGUCUGGGAGCUCACGAAGUGACCAAUGUCCCGUGCUACCGAGCCAGACCGUACCCGUGUGGGCGUCCCUGUGGGCGCAGACUGCCAUGUGGUAACCAUACUUGCAGUGCCACUUGUCACGAGGUCGUCAAAGCAGCCAAUAAUGAGGACGCUGGCACUAAUUGUGAACCUUGCUCGAGUAAAUGCACAUUCUCACGGCCCGAGGGAUGUACCCAUCCUUGUCAGGAGGCUUGCCAUCCUCCACCGUGCAAGCCCUGUCAGCUGAUGCUGAGGUUCCGUUGCCACUGCAACCUCAACCAGCUCUUCAUCCGCUGUGGUGAGUGGACUGACGCUUCAGAGGAAGAGAGAGAGAAGAUGUUGACUUGCGGCAACCAGUGCCCUAAAAAUUACGAGUGUGGACACCGAUGUAGCCACAACUGCCACCCUGGUGAGUGUCCUGAUGCUGACCUCUGUCGCCGGAAGGUCAAGGUCACCUGUCCAUGCCGCAGGAUCAAGAAGGAUGUGCAGUGUAUCACCGUCAGGACUCAACAGGCAGUUCUGCAAUGUGACAGUUUGUGUCAAGAAAAGGAGGAACAAGAAACCCAGAAACGUCUUAAAGAGGAACAAGAAAAGAAGCGCAAAGAAGAAAUACGCAACAAAGAAGAGCUGGAAAAAUUUGAAAAGAAGAUGGCAGGUCGUAAGAAACACAGAGACAGACGAGUCCUCGAUGAUAUUGAAGAGAAAUCUUUGCUAUCACGUUAUUGGCUACCUGUUACUGCCACUUGUUUAGCUAUUGUUGCUAUAACUGUUGCCGUGAUGCUCAAAUGAAUGGCCUUAGUUACAUUCUUAUUGUACUGACUGCUGAUUAAAAAUCUUUCUGAAAA